AUCCGCUCUCGCAGUGGUAGUGCUCUCUUACAGUCCCAGUCCAGCACUGAAGACACAAAGGAGGAACCUCCAGAGAUCAAGCAGGAACCUGAUGAUCCUUCUGCCCAAGUGUCUGUCCUCAAGGCUGUUUCUGAAGAUGUUAAUGAAAUGAAAGCUAGGCGAGACGAAGAGGAACGGGAGCGAGAGAGACGGGAGAGGGAGAGGGAACGAGAGAAGGAAAGGGAGAAAGAGAGAGAGCGAGAGAAAGAGAAAGAAAAGGAGAAGGAACGAGAACGGGAAAAGCAGAAGCAGAAGGAAUCUGAGAAGGAGAGAGAGUCCAAAGAGAAGGAGAAAGGGAAGCAUGAAGAUGGGAGAAAGAAGGAGGCUGAAGUGAUCAAGCAACUGAAGGCUGAGCUCAAGAAGGCCCAGGAGAGCCAGAAGGAGAUGAAGCUGUUGCUAGAUAUGUACCGCUCUGCCCCCAAAGAGCAGAGAGACAAAGUGCAGCUGAUGGCAGCUGAGAAGAAGGCAAAAGCUGAG